AUGUACCCAAAAUCAUGGGGCAGUAUCGCACACACACGCCUCUCACUGCCCGAAAACACCUCGGAUGACAUCAUCCACCGUAGGGCUAUCAAGAACUUACGCCUCAUAACGAAAGGCGCCGCGGCACAAACGCUUGAUGUCAUGCUGAGCUCAAGCUUGGAGUGGCGGUCGGAACAGCAAGUAGCCGCAGUUCGUGCACGAGGUGAACAAGUCAUAUCUCUCCUCCGAAAACCUGGAAACAAUAGGUAAAUGCUAUGACUACUCUCUUUGCGCCUGCGAACAAAAUCGCGCUUCUCGCACGCGAGGCCAUGACGCUCCAAGCGAGGUCCAAUGAGAGUGUCGAUUCGUUUUCGAUUAGAGUCUCACGAACCUACUCUAGACUUCUUGCCGAAGCCGAACGGACCGCACCACCCAACAUGUCUGCUCACGAACACGCACUUGACAACGCACUCAUUGCAUCGUUUGAGAACUUUUUACCAUCAGACAUCAGGGUAGAUAUGAUUAGAGAAGACGCGUCGCAAACGUUCAUGACUUCUAAAAUGUGUGAUCGCAAACAUGAAGCAAACCAACUGCGUUCAGCAAACUCUCAAUCAACCGCCUCGGUAUCUUCCCUUAUCGACUCCACACUACCACCGCGUCUAGGUACACCAUGCGUUCGAACUCCGCCGUACCAACGAUGAGUCUUGACACAAUCAGUAUAAUCUGCUGUUUACACACCGUAUGCCUGAAAUUUCUGCGACAAGCUUGCGAACACCCCAUCCAAGCCAAUACUUAUCAUUCAAAGAGCCUUGAGCGAAAAACAACACCAGACGCUGGACAUGUUUUGGGUGAUGCCCAGGAUUCCUCUCGUCUACUCUUACUCUCUCUGCUACUGCUGUUGAGUCUCUAGACGUGUCUCCCAAACAGGCCGAGGAAUGGUGCCCGUCUGGGCUAUACUUUCCCUGCUUCGAACCUAUUUCGACAACCACGCGGCCACUCUUUCUGUCCCGUUGCUCUGCACGGCAUUCCUGCCGUGAAUGCGUGAACCGUUUGGUCUUCCCGCACAUCCAGGGUACGUGCACUCUACGCCCCCCGUGUUAUUGCGACCGUCAGAUGAAGUGUCAGCGUCAAACACAACCUUCUUCUUCUGGUUGCGAUUGUUAGGGUUUCGCUCGGCGUAAGGCGACCCCCGCUUGUGGGUGGAAGGCCCCCGACUGUGACUACGGCCGCGUGAUGCGCUGGAGACAUGGCCGUCCUCGUUGGUGCGCUUUUGUUGUUCAAGCGGGGUGACCCUGUUCUCGAGUACGCCAGCUUGAAUUUUCAGCUGCGGUGGUAGUGUGGAGUCGAUAAGGGAAGAUACCGAGGCGGUUGAUUGAGAGUUUGCUGAACGCAGUUGGUUUGCUUCAUGUUUGCGAUCACACAUUUUAGAAGUCAUGAACGUUUGCGACGCGUCUUCUCUAAUCAUAUCUACCCUGAUGUCUGAUGGUAAAAAGUUCUCAAACGAUGCAAUGAGUGCGUUGUCAAGUGCGUGUUCGUGAGCAGACAUGUUGGGUGGUGCGGUCCGUUCGGCUUCGGCAAGAAGUCUAGAGUAGGUUCGUGAGACUCUAAUCGAAAACGAAUCGACACUCUCAUUGGACCUCGCUUGGAGCGUCAUGGCCUCGCGUGCGAGAAGCGCGAUUUUGUUCGCAGGCGCAAAGAGAGUAGUCAUAGCAUUUACCUAUUGUUUCCAGGUUUUCGGAGGAGAGAUAUGACUUGUUCACCUCGUGCACGAACUGCGGCUACUUGCUGUUCCGACCGCCACUCCAAGCUUGAGCUCAGCAUGACAUCAAGCGUUUGUGCCGCGGCGCCUUUCGUUAUGAGGCGUAAGUUCUUGAUAGCCCU